GCGCGCACAGCACAGUGGCACAGUCAGUUCUCAGACAACCCGCAACCGAGCAGGGUGUAUAGCGUUUGGCCGAGGCCUUGUCCGCCAAGGCGCGAAGAACCGGGUCAGUCUGUAGAAGUCCGAGUGACUUGUGACCGCAAGUGUUGUGUGUGCGUGUGUGAGUGUGUGUCUCUUGCACGGUUACCAUCGCCAGGAUAGCUACGGACGUUCCUGUGCAGUGUGCAACCAACUUGUCUUCCUCGUUCACGAUGGCGCUCAAUGGAUUCAGUGCUCAACAUGUGCCGCUGCCCGGAUUACCUCUUGCAAGACCAGGCCCAGCUGGCAGUUUGGCUUCACUGCCCACCGGGUCCGUCGGUCCUCGGGUUUUGGACCUCGCCGGCCCAGAUCCUCCUCAAGAACCGUUAUUCUCAAUCACCGCCGAGCGAGAAAAGCUGGAGAAGUUGCGCACCAGGUUAGACAGCCUGACGACGGGGAACGAGGGCAUCAGAAAGCCCAAGGGCUUCAAGACGAAACUGAAGCCCCACCAGAUGGAGGCCCUCAAGUGGAUGGUGGCCAAGGAGAAGGAGGUGCCGUCCGGCGGCAUCCUGGCCGACGACAUGGGGCUGGGGAAGACGGCCUCCAUGAUCGCGCUCAUCAUGAAGAGCAAGGAGAAGACGUUCGCGCCGGCGGCCAUGAGCACCGACGGCUCGGGCAGCUCGGACGACGAGGACGAGGAGCGGAGCGGCGGCAAGCCCAAGGGCGGCACGCUCAUCAUCUGCCCGCUCACCCUGAUCGACCACUGGGAGCACGAGGUCAUGACACACGUCAAGAAGGGCCUGUCGGUGGCCAGGCACCACGGCCCGACUCGCCGCACCGACCCCGAGAAGCUGGCCAAGCUCAACGACGUGGUCAUCACCACGUACGGCGUGGUGCGGCAGGAGGCCAACAAGGGCCCGCUCUUCAAGAUGUCCUGGGAGCGGGUCAUCCUGGACGAGGCCCACGAGGUGCGCAACCCGGAGUCGCUGGGCUGCAAGACGGUGAGCAGCCUGGAGGCUGACCACCGAUGGUGCGUCACCGGCACGCCCAUCCACAACUCGCUGCUGGACCUGCACGCCCUGUACAAGUUCCUCAACUGGGCGCCGUUCAGCGACAGGGAGACGUGGGAGGCUUUUUUCGGCGUCGGCGAUUUGAGGGACGCCCGUCUGUGGGAGCUGCUGAAGAGUGUCUCGGUCAAGAGGCGGACCAAGAGGGAGUAUGGCGACGGCGGCAGCGUUGCCUUGCCCCUCAGGGAAGUAGUCCACGUGAUCGUGGACAUGGACAUCAACGAGAGGCACACUUACGACGAAGUGGCCAAAAUUAUGAGUCGAUUGGCGACAGAAGUUCCAGCAGGCCAGGACCCCAAUAAAUCAAAGAAGAAGGGCAUGUACGGGAUUCUGAUGCUCCGGCAAAUGUGCAACCACCCAAGUCUCUUGAAAGAGGAACAGGGCUGCAUCAACGAAGACCUUGACCUAGAUGAGCCAACGACCGUGAACGAUGCGAAGGAGGACUUAGAAGCCGACGGAGGGCGGAACAAGAACUUUCUUCAAAUUCAAGAUGAAUGGAAUGGAACAAAACGAGACCUCCAGAACUACAUGGACACAGACCAGUGUAGCAAUGAGUUUUUUUCCCGUUCGCGCCCGAGUACAAAGAUGGAGAAAUUGUUGGAGAUACUUCGUGAGGUAUUGGCUCUCAAUGACAAGGCUGUGAUUGUCAGCCAGUGGACAAAGAUGCUGGAAUUGGUGUCUACCUCCCUAAAACAACACAAUAUCUCGCAUGCUACAAUUAGCGGCGAUGUUCCGAGUCCGGACCGUCCAAAGGUCGUAAGUGACUUCAACAAUCCAUCAGACCCGUUGAAGGUCCUGCUCCUGUCGCUGAAAGCCGGAGGAGUCGGUCUGAACCUGGUUGGCGGAAAUCAUCUCAUUUUAUUCGACCCACACUGGAAUCCACAGCUGGAGGCUCAGGCCUGUGACCGUGUCUAUCGGAUGGGUCAGAUGAAGCCAAAAGUCACCAUUUACAAGUUCGUCGUAAGAGACUCGAUCGAAGAAGUGAUCCUAGAGAAGCAGAAGGAGAAGCUGAGCUUGGCGGAGACCGUGCUCGACAACCCGAGCGUGCGGAACAUCCGCAAGAUGACUCACUUCGACGAGGACGAAGACGCCGUCGCUAGGAUCCUACACUAUGAAGCCAGGCGCUGCAACAAGCGGAAGGCGCUGGAAUGAGCAACGCAGUGCUGAGGUCAAUGACAGACUGAGUUCAGGUUACGCGAACGCCCCACUCAAGACUUCAAUCCACUCAAAAAUCAACCCGACAGCGGAGAGCUAUCAUCAUCAUUCCAGCGGCAUGUUACUUAACCGAAUGCAAAUAAACAGUAUUACAAAGUUUCCAUCA